GCACAGCAGAACAGGGUAAGUGGUCGCUGUUAGUGGAACACUCUAUGAGGUAACUUGUGGUGGUGUAAACUUCAGAGGUAACUUGUGGUGGUGUAAACUUCAGAGAUGGCCGACUCAAGCUACACAAUCUCUCAACCUGCGGAAAACACGUCUCAAGAAUCUGAUGACUCAUCGUCCUCUGAAGAAGUUGAAGAAGAAGAAAUGGCAGAGGAACCUGAAGAAAGUCCCACAGUCACAAAGACAAAAGUUGACAAAGCCGAAAGUCCAAAGGAAAAAUUACCAGCUCAAAAGCCCAGGGGUAAAAAACCCUUGACAAGCAAAGUUGCAAGCCCCAAGGCAAAAGUUGCAGUUCAACCGAAAAGCCCUAAAACAAAAGCUCCAGUUAAAACAAGAAGUCCAAAGCUUAAAGCCCCAUCAGAGACCAAAAGCCCCAAAUCAAAAGAUCUGGCUGCAAAAGCCACUGAAUCAAAAGCCCCAAAGCCUCAGACCCCCACAAUGUACAACCUUGUCAUAGAUGCACUCAAGACCUGCACAACUUCUAAAGGGCUUACAAUACAGGCAAUAAAGCGCAUCAUCACAGAUAAGUACCCAAGCAUGAAGGACAACUUCUCAACUGCACGUUUCAGAAAAGCAAUGACCAAAGGGAUUGAAGGCGCUGAAAUCAUACGGCCAAAAUCUUCAGAGGAAACUGGCAUGAAAGGAUAUUUCAUGAUCAACAAAGUCCUUCAGGCGCAAAGAGAAAAGAACAAAAAGGCAAAAGCUAAAUCACAGGAGUCCAAACCCAAGAAGAUAUCACCGCACAAACCUAAGGCAACUAAAUCUCCCAGCAAAGAUAAAAAAGCAACUGCUGCCAAGUCAAAAGCUGAACUGAAAGCCAAAGUACCAAAAAAACAAACUGAAAGUAAAACAACGCCCAAGAAGACCAAGGUUGUCAAACAGAAGGUGCCAGCCACGCCCAAAACUUUGAAAACUGCCAUCUCAUCCACCCCAAAGCUGAGCAAGUCUGCCAUGGCUGGUGCCAAGUUAAAGACAGCUUCAGUAAAGAAGACAUUGAAAGCUGGGCCAACAAAAAAGACGAAGAAAGCUGCAGAGAAAUAGCUUGAUGUGACCUAGAACAGGACCUUACCUGGAACAGGACAUGACCUAAAGUAGGACCUUACCUGACGUGACCCAGACCAAACCUGUCAGCAAUGGCAAUCAGAUUUUAAAAUAUUGUCUAAGAGAAAUUUUUAUUAAAGUGUUUAUAAAUUAA